AAAAUGCAUUUUAUACCAUUGAGCAAAAUAAAGUACCGAAGUUAGUACAAGACCUGUAACAUGAAAAUGUAUGCAUCGUCUGCUCCACCUUGUUAUUGUAAAUUAUAAUCACGUGACAUAUAUGACGUGGCUUUCGCCAAUUUUUGAAACUAUGGAAUCGCAUAAGGGCUAUCUCUUAUAUCUGAUUCCUUGUGUUUUUUUAGGAUUUCACGUCACGUCAUAAAAAGCGCUAUCGAUCAUAUAGCCCUACUCAACUUAAAAAUGCAUAUGCAGAUGUCACUGAAAAGGGAACUUCUGUAUAUAAGGCUGCCAGGAUGUAUUCCGUUCCUGAACAAACACUCAGAGACAGAAUAUGCGGGAUUAUUUCCCCAGACACGACAAGGUCCGGACCUGGUCCAAUGUUUUCCUUGGAAGAAGAAAACAAACUGGCAGAACAUUUGAAGUUGAUGGCGUCUGUUGGCUAUGGCUACACAAGAGCGCAGGUUUUAAAUCUUGGAACCGACUAUGCCACCCAUUUAAACAAACGGCCACACGAUUGCAACUCUUUCUCUACAGUGGUUUUAUGGGUUCAUGGGAAGAUGGCCAGAAUUAAAGUUGAGACGACCCAAAUCCUUGUCAGAGCUUCGAGCCUACGCUACUUCAGAGGAAAGCAUAACGAAAUACUUUGAUGAACUGAAGACAAUUCUUGAAAAGUAUGACCUCAAAUCAUCUCCUGAAAACAUAUAUAACGUGGACGAGAAGGGAAUUAGUAUGACUCACGCACCUCCGUAUGUUGUAGGAUCUACAGACGAGGUUCCAAUUGAAAUAACGCCAGAAAGAUCAUCCACAGUCACUAUGAUAGGGUGUGGCAAUGCACUGGGUCAACAAAUCCCACCAUAUUUCAUUUUUCCUGGGGCUCGAAUGCGCCAAGAACUAUUAGAAGGAGCCACCAUUGGUACGAAUGGCACUGUUAGUAAGUCAGGAUGGUCCAAUUCAGACAUAUUUCAAACAUGGCUUGUAGAUCAUUUUGCGAAGUACGCAAAAGUUGGUGGAGAUAAGAAGACAUUAUUGUUGUAUGAUGGUCACAGAUCCCAUAUUUCACCUUAUUUGGUUGACUUUGCAGUGCGGAAUGGAAUCAUCCUGUUUGUUCUACCACCUCAUACAAGCCAUAUCCUUCAGCCGAUGGAUGUGGGUUGUUUUGGACCGUUUUCUAAAGUUUUCAUUGAUGAAUCUCGAAAAUGGCAACGUUCUCAUUCUGGAACUCUCACCCGCUACAAUGUCUGCUCUAUUGCAUGUCGAGCUUACGACAUCUCGCUGACUCCCAGGAAUCUUCAGAGUGCUUUCAGGAAGAGUGGGAUUUAUCCAUUUAACCCAACAGCAAUUGAUUCAUCUCUGUUGAAACCUGUUCAGUAUGCCAAAAAGAGAAGAGCUGAACAAUCUACAGAAACUGCGAGUAACAAUGCCGAUAUUUCUCAACCACAAGACAGAAACACUGUUAACAAUUUCUUUUCAAGUCACCUGCCAGUUGUACACCACGAUAAACCCAAUCAGUCUAAACCCAGGCGUUCAGUUCACAAGGUUGUUGGUGGAAAACCAAUUACAGAGCCAGAUGUAUCAUCCCAACUGUAUGAAUAUGUCUCUUCCUCUAAAAAACCCAAAGUUGUUUCUUCAAGAAAAACAAAAGCUGUAGCACCAAUCAAAAAAUCUAAUUCACCGCAGCCAGGGCCCUCAGGAGUUGAUAACGGGCUGAUAUCAAGUGACAACUUCUCGGAAUCGGAAACUGAAGAUGACGAAAAGUGUUGUGUUUGUGGGCUUUUUCAACCAGUUGAAUUAAAAAGAUGCACUUCACUGGUAUUUACUAUGUGGGGACAGUGCAUGUUCCAAAACUGUAAUCACUGGGUUCAUUUAAAAUACUGCUGUGAUGUACGAUGUCUACGACGACAUGACGUGUUUUUCUGCCCGUGUCAUGGCUUGCCAUGCAAGCAGGAAGAAUAAACAUACAUGUAUCUUUGAGCAGGUGUGAAGAAACCAGACCUGUAAAUAUGUUACAUUUACGUUGGACGUUUGUGUGUUUGGAUACAUGUUAAAUAUAAGUUAUAUUAUAACAAUGACUAACAUAUUUUGUGCUUCGAUUCUUUACGGAAAUUCCCACUUGGUUGCCAUCACUGGCCUGCCAUAGAUUGACUGAAUGACGUAUACCCCGAAUUGAUAGGUACGUCAUUAUGCAGACGGGUUUUCCAGAGGCCUCGACGGUGAUCAUGUGUCGGCAAUUUCCAUCGGGGAUGAAUUGAUUUUAUGUAGCAAAGUAUAGUAGGCGGGUGUUCCCAGGUGUAGAAUCCUGAGGUUGGGGUGGAGACUAAACUGAUGUGAGUGGACUCAUAUGGUUGGAUUCCCGAGGUUGGAUUCCUGCGACUGGAUUAGAGGUUGGAUUCCAGAGGUUGGAUACGAA